CUGCCUCCUGUCAGCGAGGAGCUGGACCCGGCUCAUCCGAGAGGGUUUGCCGCCGCGGGGAAGGAGGUGCUGCGGGUGGCAGCCGCACUUGGGGGGCGACGGCGGGGUGGAGCGGGGCGGCCCCGUCCCGUGCGGGGGAGCAGCAUCUCCGCAGCCUUGCUGCCCGUCCCGUCCGGUCCCGUCGCCGCGGUGGCGGCGCGGCUCAUGAGGUGAAGAUGGUGAUCCGCGUCUUCGUCGCGUCCUCCUCGGGCUCGGUGGCGAUAAAGAAGAGGCAACAAGAUGUGGUGAGGUUUCUGGAAGCCAAUCGCAUAGAGUUUGAAGAAGUGGAUAUCACAAUGUCGGAGGAGAAAAGACAAUGGAUGUAUAAAAAUAUUCCUGAGGAUAGGCAGCCCGCGCAAGGCAAUCCACUGCCACCACAGAUAUUCAGUGAUGAUCGGUACUGUGGAGAUUAUGAUGGUUUUUUUGAAUCAAAGGAGAGCAACACUGUCUUCUCCUUUCUUGGACUGAAACCUACUUUGGCAUCAAAGUAGGAGUCAGAACCCUAGAAAGUCUAUCUGAAGUAUUGACAAGCACACCUCCUGGAUGAAUGACCCUGUUCUUCAGCACACAGCAGCUUCCCUAAUGGAUCACUGUGAUAGAGCAAACAUGCAUCAUUAGUAGUAGUCUGCUUGCCAUGAGACGGUGCUCUCCAAUAAUCUGGAAUUAAUAACAUGUAUAUGAAACAGGAUUAAGGCUGGGCUACUCAUCUUCCUUUUUGAAAAUACUCAUUGUUGAUGUUUCACUUUUGUCUUUGGAUUGCUUUUGCCGCUGACACUGACAUUCUAACAGACAUGUAUGUUUGAGAGUAAGGAGUGGAAGUGUAGGGCUUCUGUUGUUCAUGGAUAUACUUAUGUAGUCAGAUUCCGUACCUUUUUUAAUUCAUCCAACUACUGUAGUUGAAAUUAGCUCCUCAGGAUAGUUAAAGUGCCGGUGGUUAUUAGAAUGUUUGUGCUGGCUAUGAUCCAGAAGGUAAAAAUCAUCAAUCUUAAGAUCUCAGUCUAAGCCAAUAACUCCCGUAUUUUUGCUCUACAUUUAUUGUGAUGUUUAUGGUAGAUCAUGUUUAUUGUAAGAGACAUGGGCUGCUAACCCUGUUCAUGAAAACUUGAUUCCUCUCAUGAUACACAUUGCAACCGACUGUUUAAAAACAGUUCUUACCACAGAGGAGGUGCCAAAGUGAAAUAUUUUGACACAGUUCCUGUUACAAAUGCAGGUGAAAUGUGCAGGAAAACACUUGGUGGAAAAUACUGGGUAGUUCAGAAGAGGUCUUGUAGCUAAUGAUAAUAUUAAGUUAUCUCUUAACUGAGAGAGACUUAACACCCAAAGUUGGAGCUCUAUGGUUGGGCUGUCUUAAAAUGAAAUUUUGCCAAAACCUUGAGUUUACCUUCAGUAACACACAGCUCCACCAUUAGUCACAUGAGAGUCGGGGGGACACUUUGAAAGCCAGGGCUCAGUCCCAUAGAUGGUUAAGCAUUCUACCAUGGCCCAAGAGGAUGCCUAACUUGCCCAGCUGUUUUCCUGGUUGUAUCCCCAGGUGUGGAAAUUUGGAGUUGCCUCAAAGGCAAUGAGAAGGCUGAGCGUGUGCUUUGCUGGGUGAGGCCACGAUGGUCAGCUCAGCUGAGGAACAGGAGCCACGUAAAGGAAGUGGAGAUUGUUUCAGUGGGACUGCAUUGAUGCACAUAGCAGAACUUGGGCCCGUGACUUGCCAAUAACCAUUACAAAAUGCAUUCUAGACAGAAGUCAAAUUGCAUUAUGCAUUUUGAGACAAGUCUGGCUAUGAAAACAACAGCUAUGCUGUAAUGUAGCUUUUACUCAAAUGAUUUCAUAAUGACAGGGUAGUGCCAUUCCAGUAAAUGUCCUUAUGUCUUUGGGUAAAUGAAAGACAACCAUUAUGUGGGAAACCUUCUUUGCAAUCACAGCAUCACUCAGACUGUGUGGCUUGAAGGAAGCCAAACUUGUAAAAAGUGUCAGAAAGCAACACUGUCUGUGCAACAAAUCACAUAUUCUGUUAAAAUCAGUAACCAUGGCAUCCGAGACGUGUUAGUUGGAAGGGACAGCUGGAGGUCAUCUGGUCCAGCAUUGUCAAAAUCAGGGCUAACACAAACGCUAGUUUGGGUCAGAUAUGGGUUUGUCUAGCAGAGUGUUAAAAAUAUCCAGAGAUGAAGAUCUCAUAACCCUCUAGGUAACCUGUGCCAGUGCUGCAGUACUCUCCUAGUGAAAACUUUCUUUUAAUGUCCAGCCUCAACUCCUAGGCUGUAAUUUGUGGCUGUUGCCUUUACUAUGUUUUCUGGCGCUCACAGGAAGAGAUUGGCGCCAUCCUUUUUGUAACUGCCCUCAAGAUAGUUGUAGGCUACCAUUAGAUCACCUCUUAGCUGCCUUAUUACCAGACUAAACAAAGCUGGCUUCCUCAACCUUCCUUCAUAGGCUGUGUGCUAUAGGCCCCUGGCUGCUUUGCUUUUGUGGAGGGCUACUCUUUCCAGUUUGUUCACAUCCCUCUUGAACUGGGAGAAGGUCCCAAGAAAAUAUUUCAAAUGUGGCCUCACUGGUGCUGAGUGGAGGGGGAUAAUAACUUUCUUCAGCCUGCAGGCCACACUUCUCCUGAAGUAGAGUGCUCUGCGUGCUUUCCCCUAUUUGCAGUGAGUACGUUGCUGGUUUGAGAUCAAUCUGGCAUUCACUAAAAUCCCCAGGUCCCUUCAGCAGGGCCAUUACUCUGUCAGUCACUUCCCAGCCCAUGCUGAUGCUUCGCCACCCCCAAGGGCAGAAGUUCCUACUUGUCCUUAUCAAACUUCACGAGGUUUCUCAUUGGUUAGCCCAAUCCUCAAGAUUAUUGAGAUGCCACUGGACUGCAGCUCCGCCAGCUGUUACCCACCACUGAACCAGGUUUCAGGUGUCAUUCACAGAUUUGCUGGGGGUCCACGCUAGGUCAGCAUCCAAGUCCCUGCUGAAAAUGCUGAACAACAGGAGAAUUGUAGCCUCUAAGAUUUUGGACAAUGGCUUACUUACAACAGCAGAGGUAUGACAUGAACAAUGUUCAUGACUACCAUUGCUGGAGUAAAGAAUAGGUUACCUUCCUGUUCGCGUUGCCUCAGCUACAAACUGCUUACAGCUGUGUGGCUUUACCCUCUAGUGCAAGGCAAGAAAGCUUUAAAAAAGGAGAUGUUAAAGGACUCUUACCAGUUUCUCUUUGGAUCCUCUGGUGCCACCUCAGCUCAGUUAAAGGGCUAGAUGGAGCAAGAGCACACACGGAUUUCAAGUCCAUGGUUGUAUUUACUGGUCAAAAUCUUAUCUACAGCACCUUCUCUAGAGGAAUCCUGAAUGGGAGUUGAUAACAUGCAUAUACAUAUAUGUAUAUAUACACUUAUGUAUAUGUACAUGUGUGUGUAUAUAUGUAUGUAUACAUAUAUGUAUGUGCAUUUUUAAGAAUUAUGUUGUCUGUGGUAAGUUAUUGUGACAUUCUUGUCACCAAUCCUAUGUUUUCAUGAGACUUGAAUUUCACUAUAGGAAAGGAAUGUGACAUGAGGUGGAGUUGUAUGUUGUUAAUUUCACCAAGUUCAAUAUAACUAUUCCUAAAAUAAGGUUAAGGAAAAAUAUUUAACUUUGCAAAUGAAUACAGCUAUAAAUUUACAUAAUUAUGCAGUUGAUUACAGAGAAGCCAUCCUGGAUUUAUCAUGUACUUGAUAUGUUGUAAACUUUGACAACUGCCUGAAGUCCCAAUUUUGAAAAAUUUACCUAAGUGUGUAAGUACAUCCACGUGAGUAAUCCUGGGCGAAAUCCCAGGCUUACUGAUGUGAAAGGCAAAACCACACUGAUUUCUCCAGGGAUGAAAUUAGUUUCACAAAACUCCUCUUGAAUUUUGAUAAUUGUAGAAUAGAAGCCUCUCGUUCAGUGAGGAGCUAGUCCUGUUACAGCUGUUAGGUAAACCUAGCUUAUUUCAGAGCACGCACGUGGGCACAGUCAGUUGUACUCAUUGUUGGACAACACUAGCUCCAAAGAUACCCUCCUUGCUUGCAUGGAUCAGCAGUGUAAGUGCUUUUGAAUUAUAAGUGGCUAGUUUAAAAAAAAAAAAGUAUAUAUGUUGCUUGAAUGUGAAUUUAGGCUGUUGUGUGACAGCCUUAUUUUUGUAAUUAAAGCAAGUAGAGUUCUAGUUUGUUACACAAGAUGAUCUGGAAUUUUUUAAACUGGUUUUGUAAUAAUGAAAUGUAGCUAUCAGGUAACUGCAAAGGUCUGUGGAAACUAGAGCCAUUUAUUGAAAGAACUAGCAAAUUCUUAAUUUUGUUUAAAAUACUUGCAUAUAAAGGUAUGCUUGAGAAUCAGAUGAUCCCAGUUUUUAGCUAAUACGUGUAAGUACCCCACUUUUUAAAAGGGAGAGCAGUGUGAAUUAAACUGUAACUCUUUGUACCUAGCUAAAGUUGCUGUGUGGGCUGACGUGCACACACGCGUUCACUGUAUCAGUGGCUUCGAUAGAGGUGUUUUUGUUUGUGCCACACACUACUGGAUAGUGCCUUGCAAGAAGGAGGAUUGUUUCUGUAGGAUCUUCUCAGAUGUGCUUAAACUUUGAACUGGGAAAGGGGUAGGUUCUAUAUUGCUAUUUUUGUAAUAAUGCAGUAAAUUGAUUUUGAGGCCUGAGUCAAAGACAUAUAUGCUUUGUAAGGUUGAAACAGUUUUUGAUGAGUCUUCUGAACUUUUGAUUUUUCUUAGUGUGGCUUUCUCUUUUUUCUUUUCCUUUUUGUUGAAUCAAAUCUUCCAAGGGAAGUGGACCUGGAGUAAAACCCCUAAAUCCAUGUUUACACUUUAAAAUAACUUAUCUGAUUGAAGUAUUGAGCAGUCCAAGUGCUAUCACUGGAAUGAAGAGGAGCUGCCGGGUUCUCAGUGGAUUUCUUGGUCGUCCCUCCCUGCCCUGUCCCCCCCGCCAGGCCAUUUAUUUAGGGAGUCCAAUUCUGGGAAUACCGUGAUUCAGAAGUAGGACCCUGAGGUUUUAGGCAGUGCCUUGUGGCACUUCACAGGAGUGUGAGAGUGGGGUCAUCACCAGGAAAGUGCCAAAUCCCAUUAGUCUUCAGUGACUUGUCCAUUGGUUUCGCUAGAUCUUGGCGUGAGCAGUGGGAGGAGGAGGGAGCCCGGCGCAUUUGCCCUGCGCAGGGCAGCAGCAGAAGGCACGGUGCAGGAUGGCCCACAGCUUGUUGAUGGCACCCUGUGCAGUGGUUCUCACAGGGUCCCAUGGCUGGCAGUGCCCUGUGUGAAACCACAUGGCACCGCUCUCCACGGGACUCCGGCUGCAUCAUGGCCUGUUCGUCACCCUCUUGCAUCAUGGCCUGUCCGUCACCCUCUUGCUCCCUGAGGAAUUUGGGAGGGGAAGUGGAGAACACCUUCUUGAGAGCAGUCCUUCAGCCAGGGCAGAUCCAGCUUACUCUCUUCUUCCUGUUCUUUACCUCUUCCUAAUGUGCUUUGACCUGCCUGCGUGCAAAGCUUCCAUUCCUGACCAUUUGUAACAUCCCCGUGGGGCUGCAAACGCAGAGCUGGUGUUCACCUUCAUGGCGUCACUGUUCUGUAACUCGGUGGGGGAGGGAGCACGUUGCAUCCUAGGCCGUGUACACGUGGAGUUUUAAAUUAUGUAUUAAACCUGUGUUCGUCUAAUAAAAAACGUCAUUCAGAAAA